UCAGCCAUCAUGCCUUCCAAACGACACGCGGCCUCAACAACCUCCGCGCCGGCAGCCGUUACGCCCCCAACUCUCUCUUCCGGUCCCUCGACCCUGAAGACCAAUGCAUCUGCGGCUGAAAUUGCGCACCAUGUCUGGGGGCAGUACCUCGCCACGACACCGCAGCGGACAUUGCUCCUGGACGCCUUCAUGGCCUUCCUGGUCCUCGUCGGCGGACUCCAGUUCUUGUACUGCGUGCUGGCCGGAAACUAUCCCUUCAACGCUUUCUUGAGUGGCUUCAGCGCUGCCGUUGGCCAGUUCGUGCUCACAGCCAGUCUCCGUAUGCAGACGAGUGAUGGCGGUUCCGGCUCAGUCAGCAAGCCCAGCUCUAAGGGCAAGAAUGCGCGUUUCGCAGACGAGGAUAAUGAGGCACAGGGCACGAGUACCUCGCACGAGAGAGCCUUUGCCGAUUACAUUUUCGGAAGCUUGAUUCUACACUUCUUCUGCAUCAACUUCAUCAACUAA